CGCGAAGUCAGUCACGGUCCGAGCGGCCGACCCGUCAGUCCCGCCCUCGGUUCAUUCGCGUUUUCGGUCAGUCUCCGUUCGGCAUUUCGAACGGUGAGGUGUGUGAAGCGCGUGCGCGCACCGUUUACUGUGGCGUACUGUGAGGUUAUGAUGGACGCGCCCGGCGGAGCGCGGGAGCCCCGCUUCGGGUCGCCGUAUGGGAUGGGUCUCCUGGGAGACGUGGGGGACAUGUACGGCGCGGGCCGGGCGCCGGGCUCGCUCGGCGGCGGCUCGCUGCGGCCGGGGCUGCAGCCCUGCCCGGGCCCGCGCGGCGUGAAGCGGCCCUCGGACCAGUGCUACGACGAGCGGCCGUCCCAGAGCCUAGGGCUUGACCACUGCCCCAUGCCGGAUAUAGCAGACGAUGGCUAUGCAUCUCUUCAGCCGAAGAAGUCACCCCCGUCUAAUGGCAAGAAGACCAAAGGCCGAGUAAAGAUCAAGAUGGAGUACAUAGACAACAAACUACGGCGGUACACCACGUUCUCCAAGCGAAAGACGGGCAUAAUGAAGAAGGCAUACGAAUUGUCAACUCUGACGGGCACCCAAGUGAUGCUACUAGUGGCCUCAGAAACGGGGCAUGUGUACACGUUCGCGACGCGGAAGCUACAGCCCAUGAUCACCUCGGACUCGGGCAAGCGGCUCAUCCAGACGUGCCUCAACUCGCCCGACCCGCCCACCACCAGCGAGCAGCGCAUGGCCGCUACCGGCUUCGAGGAAACCGAGCUCACCUAUAACGUAGAUAACGAGGACAUGAAGGAGGAAGAGUCGACAGCCAAAGAAGGUUGCAAGGACGAGCCACCGUCAUCUGGUGAUAGCGGCGACGAAAGCGGCAGCGAUCCCGAGUCUCCAAGCGACAAGCUCAACCAAGCGGCUUUUAAACAGGAGUGGGCUUGCAACAGCAAUACUGAACGGGAAGGCGGUAGCAGGGAACCACAAGCGUCCACAUCAUCGAUCACUCAAGAAGCAGACAGCAGUAAAACCAGUCAACCACCUAUGCCAAAGAUCUUGCCAAAGAUAGACUUGCCCGGAGGCGCCAUGCUGUACCCAGGGAUGUUAGCUGGAGUGGGACUUGACGGGCUGGGUUCGAACCUGAGCCUCGGUAACUUGGCCAUGGGGUACCCGCACAGUUUUAUACUGGGGCUUGCUAACCAGGGACAAGAGGGUGCGUCAUCAUCAAACCAGCCUCAGUUCAUCACCAUCCCGUUGUCAAUGGCGAUGGGCAAUCCGCAGGCUCCGAACGGUUGUCCAAGCGCCUCUAGCGAUGAUAGCAGCGAGCUGCAAGACCUUAGCACUGGUGGGAGGAAGUGAGAUGGCGAAUAAAAGUGUUAAAGUAUUAAUAAUUGCUACUUAUUAUUUUCAAACUCAGUAUAUUCUAAGGAAUCUCAGAAUAUUAGUCUACCAGUACUCAAGUCACUUUAUCACGAAAAAUGCUAGAAAUAUCCCGUAAAAAUUGCAUGUCAGUAAUGGCAAUAAUUACAUAAUGUUUAUAUACGCCAAGCUAUUAUAUUAUAUUUAUGUACGAAUUAGAUUUAAAAUGCAUUCGUUACGUGUAAUAUAAUCUUUACUUAAACUUGUUUAAAAUGAUGUACUGUAGGUAUCAUUGAUAUGUAACAUAUUAUUAUGUAAAUGAAACUAACGCAAACCUGGUUUGCAAAUUUUGUGCUUUGUACUUUAAGUAACCCAGGGUGUUAAAAAAAUACUAUUUUUAUACAAAUCAGUAUAAGAUAAUUUAUUAUCAAAUGCAGUUUUUGGGUUUGUUCAAGUUAACAAAAAGGAAACAAAUAAAUAAAAUACUGGUCUAUCCGAUGUUUCAAGUACCUAUUUUUGACCAUACAGCAUAACAGCUGCAGUAAUGUUUAAUUGAUGUUUCUGCUCGAAUUGUCGAAGUUUGCCGCAGCAGUGCAGCCGGCACCAAUAUCGCGCCGCAUUACUGCAGCAGUAAUACUGGGAUAGUCUGAAUCCGAACGGUACCUUAAGGCAUUUCUUGUGGUUUUAAUCCCAAGAAAAACAAAUAUUAAAUGAGAGCCAAGUUCAAUAUUAAGAAUAUGUGUUGUUGACUCGCCGACAAAAGAAUUGAUCUAUAUCUAUAUGGGUGCCAAGUCCUACGCUGUGUAGAAAAUCUGAAAUUAUUAUUAUUAUUUUAUUAGAAAAAGGUAAGCAUUUGACCGCAAUCACACCUAAUGGUAAGUGCCUAUGCAGUCUAGGAUGGAACAUGCUUACAAAAAAGUAAGUUAAAAGUUAUUUUAAACCAACAAACCCACGUUUUUGAAAAGUAACAUAGACAAAUAUAGGUCAUAUGUAAAAACUAGCCAAGACAAAUCCUUUAUAAUUUCAGGAUUUUCUUUGGAAAUUUUGAAUUUUAGACAAGCUAAGGGACUUGAAUCAAUGUGCCAAAUUUUAUCUGUGAAGGGGUCAAAACUCAAAAGUAGCUCUAAGUGGUUCGUGUAACGGUUGCUGCGUAGCCAGUUCCUUUUUCUUUGAACUUGGCUGGACACGCUACCGCGUGUCUUGAUAGUAUAAUCAGAAGUAAUCGUAUCCUGUAAAUUAAUCAUUUCAUUUCAAUAGAAGUAUUGUAAUUGGCAGAUUGUACAAGAAUAUGGAUAUUUAUUAAUCUGAAAUAAAUAUUAUUCAUUUAUUCAUUCAAGUUGUUUAUUGAUAUUAGCAAUUUAUUGUAAUUUACUGUUUUUGUGUAACACUUACAAAUAUUUAUUGAAAAUUAUUCUGUAACUUAUUUUCAAAUACGAUUCCUAUUUUUAGCAUUAGGAGUGAAUAAUUGUGUAACUGCUUCAUAAGUUUUUAACCGUUAUUGAUUGUAAGAUAGUUUUGCUCGAAUUUAUUGUAAGUUUUAAAUAUUUUGUACCGAAUUAAAGUUAAGUUACAAAUCCUAAAAUAAUCAUUUACAUAAAACCUAUAAAAUAUGCAAAACACAUUUCAGUACACUAAGAAAUAAUUAUAGCACAUCGUAAUAUGUUCUGGGGACCUAGACAAGAUGAUAAUCGUAUAUCGACAAACGCCCGUCAAAAAGGAAAAAAUAUAUCGGGAUAACAAAUGCAAACGAUGAUCUCUUGGCUAAUGUACCAACUGGAUACUCUUUAUUUUUGAUCCUAGUUUGAAUAUACUCGUAAAAAUCGCAUUUAUUCGUUACAAUAUUUAGGUUAACUUCUAAACCGAAUACAAUUGAAUACCGAUUAUUAAAAGUGCUUUCGGAUAAUUCUCUAAGGUACCCAGGUACUUGCGGGGAAAGUUAUAUCGCGGAAGCUGGUAUGACGUAAUUAAUUAAUUAUGCAUCUCAACAUAAUGCGGUUUACCAAAAACCACAGCUCAAGAAUCCACUACACAUACUAACACUAUUUUUGGAGACCUAUUCAGAUAGUAAUUUCUGAUUAUCAAUUAGUUAUCGAUGUGAUACGCAAUUUCUAUUUUUUGUCGAUUUAUUUUUUCAUUACAUUUUGAUAACAUUUGUCUGAUGAAGAACUCGUCAUUCUAGGCCGGAUAAAUAAGAAAUAACUUGGCCCGAAAAAGUUUACGAAAGUACCUAAGUACGAAAGUAAAAGACAUGGCGAAAUAGCGGUUAAUUUUACAAAAUUGUGAACUCCUGUCCAAAUUUUAUCGAAAUCUGGCGAAAAAAAAUCGACAACAGAAUAAAAAUCGGUCAGUGUCACAAGCGACGUAUUUGCUUGAAAAAUUACACUUUUGACACUGACAGAUCAAAUCUAUAUGUAGGUAAUGAAUCGAAUUCAUAUCCUAAAAUUAAAAUUAGGAUACGCCUGUCAGUUGUCAAUCACACAAUCAUAUCCAUAACCAAUAGAUAACAAGAAAUAACUAUAUUGAUAUGCUUCUUGGUUGCGGUUUUCAUUAAAAGGAAAAACCUUAAAUUAAGCGGAAAUCUGUACGCAAUACCGCAUUUCUUUCGUCACGAUGGUCUUUCUAAGACUGUUACUGUAUAACAGUAAGUAGGUAAUCAAGCUAUCUCGACUGUACUUAAAUAAUCGAUACCUAUAACACCAAUUUCCAUCAUAUGCCCUAAAUAUACUUUAAUUUGGUUAUUUUGAUAAGGUGAUUAAAUCGGUAUUUAAUUAUAACUAUGUGUUAUUAAUUUUGCGCGUCAAAGUCAUUCUGUUAAGCGCAGAUUUCCUAUGAAUGUUUCUUUUUCUUUUUUUAGUAAAUAAAAAUAUAAAAUGUA